AAAAAAUGGGUUGCGAUAUACUCAAUGAACUAUAGCAGCUGUUCAAGUAUUAUUCAUCGAUUUCUUUCGAUGAUGUGUUGUUUGUACUACUUUCUCCAUUCCCAUGACCACGAGUUCGAUUCAGUGACCACUCGGUGUAUUGAUAUAGGUGAUGCAUCAAAGGGUACUUGUGGACUAUGUCGAAUCCAGUUUUUUGGUGAGUGUUCAAAAAUGGCCAUCUUUAAUGAAGGAGGUUUCCCUUGCUGCAUGUGAAAUCAUCAUCGAGCACUCAUCACCCAAAAACAGAACUCGGAGGCCUGGAGGACUUCUUUGAUGGUUUGACGUUUCGUGAAUUCACCGUUUGUGUAUAUACCGUCAAACGCUUUCUGGCCAAAAAAAAGCAGCCGCGAGGUUUCUUUUGUUCACCCGGAUGCGAGGUUUCGCAAUAAGCAACCCAACGCUCCUUUUAGACGAGUUUUCUUCUUCUUCUUCUUCUUCGUCCUUAAUAAAAAAGAAUAAAGGUAAGAAAAAGUCUUUUUUAAAAAUGGGGCUAAGAUUUCUUUCAUAAGGCUGCUCGUUCUCCUCCUACCUGUUAUAUAACGGAUGGGUCUAUAACAGAGAGUCAUGGAACUUGUGUACGAACGAGGCUAUUCAAACGACUAUCCUUUUACGUCCAACUUUAAAAGGAUUCGUGGCCGGCCGGCAACCGGCACUUUUGAAAGACACGCUUUCCAGAAAGGAUGGCGGGGAUUCCAGGGACGCUGAAGCGAAAAUUUAUCGGCAGUCACCGUAUUCAAAUAUAGACACAGAAAACACGCAAUAAGUCGAAAGGAUGGACCAAAUGCAUUUUUCAAUGGCACGGUCGGACGUGACGUAACGAUGAUUUCACGAUUCUAUUAUGGUCUCCAUCCAUUUUGUCAAUGUUACGUCGACAUUGAGAAGAGUGGGUCCGGACGACGUUAUCAGUUGGCGAAGGACUUAAACUACAACACGCAUCUACGGUUGUCAAUGUAACAUUUAAGUAGUUGAUGACAGCGUCCGUUCCAACUCCCACACUGGAUGCUAACACAACGGCCAGUGUCGUCAUCCUCUCCGUUACGGGCCAAUGAAAGCGGAUACAUCCCAUCAGAUGGCAAUUCUUAUACGUUCUAAGGCAGUGAUCACGAUAAUAAGAACAAAGUUAGCGCGUUCACAACGUCGUUGAUGGCCUUCCAUUUUGCACGUAUCUUCCAACGGUUCCACAUUUAUAUUUUCUUUUCUCCGCUUUUCUUUUUAUUGCCAGAUUUAUAGCCGUACCAUGUCUCUGCGACGUCCGUCGCCAAUCAAUGUCCAAUACCUUCUCAUCUGGUUGCAAAUAGCGCUACUAUCGCUCUCGGCUACAAGAGCGACUGAUGGCGUCAUUAGUAUCACGCCAUCUGGCCCUGCGGCAGGUUUCGUCGAAGAGGAUUCCUUCAAUCUGACGUGCACAUCUGAUCAGUCAGUUAAUGUCACGUGGGCUCUACCUAUUCUUCCCAACGAUGAACUGGAUAACAUCCAGAGCAAGGAGCCGAAUGAUUUGCUCCAACGGGCUCACGUAACGGCUGAUAGAGAGGGCGAUGUGUUUAUUGCUGUGCUAGUCGUUUUCAAAGCCAAGAGAUCGGAUACAGGACGUUACACUUGUCACCCAGUUGGCGUCGAUCCAAUUGAAUUGACGACGCAAUUUGAAUCUUUCCCAUCUAUACACAUCUUUAUUUCGUGGGAAGGAGUGGUCGGUGUGCAAAUGAAUCCGUUGAAAAGCGUUUACGUCGUCAGAAAACCUUCUCAGCAGAUUUUCGUAGUGCCGUGUUUCAACUAUCUCCCUAAUCACCACAUUUCCAUGGUGGAUUUAGCCCUGCAAAAGAGAUCGCCGAUCGACAAAGACACUUCAUGGGAAUCGGUCGAUCUAUCGGCUAAAAGUUACUUCAAUUGGUCGUUUGCUGAUUUCAAAGGCAUAGCUAUUCAUCGUCCAAAGAGUGGAGAAUACAGGUGUGGAGCUUUGGCGUCCAACGGCACUUGUUCCUGGCCAAAAUGGUCGCUCUACAGUUUCUUUAUCGUCCGAGAAAUAGUAGAGAAGGAAGCCCCGCAAGAUGACAAAGAUCAAUGGCCCAGGAUUCGACCGACUUCAGUUCCGUUUAUGAUCUUUCCGUCUGGUUCUACGUUUAGUUUGUCGUGUAAAACUGGAGCUGCAGCUGCUCACCAGUGGAAUGUCAAUUGGCGAUUGCCAUUCGCUUUUCAAAAUGGCGACUAUGAUUUGGCCAAAGUGAGGAAUCUUGGCCAGCGUGUCGUUGCUACUUUGGCCAAAGGCAACGGAAACGGCUCCCACUCGGAUUAUUCCGUGUUGACAAUUGCUAACGCAAGCCACUUAGACACUGGCUAUUAUACUUGCCAUAGGUCGGAUAACGAUAGUAUCGCAGUUAGGCAAUACGUCUUCAUUCAAGACUGGAGUGCACUGAUUGCUGCUCCAUUGAAAAAGUAUUUAGAUUUUGGACAAAAGGAAGCUUUAAUUGACUGCAGAGCAACUCAUCCGUCGGUUGAAAUGUCUCUCAGGCGGAUUGCAGACGAUGGAACUGCCGUUACGGUUUACCCUUCGAGAAAGAACGGAGAAAGUGAUGGUGAUUGGUCGUAUAAUCCGUUUGAAGGAUUCAAAAAUACCAAAAUGGUUUCGUGGGAAAUGGAAGGAACUUAUCUCUGUGUCGGAUGUAAAAAAUAUCUAGAAGGAUCAUCCAGACACCGAUCUGAAGCUGUUACCCAUGAAUUGCACGUUGAAAUUCGCGGUAUAAGUAUUGAACUGACGGUGAUCUCCGGUAAGAAAACCGGAAUGGUGCUGGAAGGAGAUGACAUUCAAUUAACUUGCCGGAGUAAAGGAUUAUUUGUGAACGAAGACAUGACUCCAGACAUGCUAAGGUGGCAUUGGACUUCAGUUGAAAAUGCGUCAAUAACCUUGGGAAGCCAUCUAGUUCCACCCGGAGUAAACAUUGUAAAACAGGCAAAACAGAGUUUUAACGGUUAUAGUCUCGGUCAUUUGACCUGGCAAAACAUUUCACCCGAAGCAGCUGGAACUUACAAGUGCAGUCACGAACAAUCACCCGUCUCGGCUUCCUACAUUUUGGUCGUCUCAUCCGCAAGCGAUGGAGUGCAACAAAAAAACUGUGAAAAUCGGUUGGUUUGCGGUAGAGAGAAAUUACUCAGCGUUGAAUGCAUGUGGUUCGUAAUUUACGUCGGACUAUUGUUGAUAAUUUAUUAGUCAGCUCAUUAACGUCUGGCUGGUUAUUUACUGAUUGAAAGCAACCCCGAUAUGUUUUCUCCUCCCUCUACUGUAUUAUGUGCUAUCUGUCAUUUUCGUUUUUUUUUUUUUUUUUUUUUUACUUUUGGGUUUGACAAACGACAUCCUUACGUCUUGUCAUCAUUACGAUAAUAACAAAACAGUUUACCGCAGUUUUUCCCUUUACUUUAUUGCUUAGGGAUGUGGCAGUCAACAUCUCUUUUGAAAAUCGGAACAUGAUAACGAAGUUAUCUUAGAAGAUUUUUUUUUUUUUUAAGUACGACUAUUCUGCAAUUAUCUUAUAUCGGAUACAUACAAAUGUAUAUUUAAAACUUU